CUGCAAUCAGUAUGCAGUGCAUAAAAAAUGUGAAAGACGUGAGAUUAAAAAACAUGUUAUAAUUAAAUAGGAAAUAUAAAAUUGUAAUUAAUUUAUAUUAAAUAUUAAUUUCAAAAAUAAUGCGCGUAAAGUUUACGUUAAUAAAGCGAAUAUAAGCGCAGUGCUAAAUAAAAAGGACGAAGUGAAAAAGUGAAAUUUUAGCGAGAGAAAAUGUCAACGUUGGGAUUCUUUUAUUAAAUAUACCACACAGCGAUGUGUAUCUUAACUAAACGUCGCUAAACUAGCAUUAACGACUUAAUUGAAUAAGAAUAAAAUUUAUAUAAUACAAUAAAAAUUGUGUGAAAAUGGGUAACGUUUGCAGUUCUGGGGAUAAAAGAAAAAACGACAGCAUAUCAGAGAAAUCAGAUGAUUCCUCGCCGUACCAAGAAGCCAAUAAAAAGGAAAUUCAAUUAGCAUCUGUUGGGAAUAAUAGUGAGAAACUUGCGCCUUUGGCCGAUCCAGAGCCGGUGCCACCAGAUGUGUCCUUCACAACAGCCGCGCAAAAUGAAACACAACAAACGCCCAACGAAGCCAAUAAAGAUGUUAUCAAAGGCAAUCAAUGCUCGGAGAAGGACUCUGAAACAACCACACCACAAGCUUUGAAUGCACCUUGCGAUAUUUCAAACCAAAAAACUGCGCCUAACAAUUUAGCGAUUCUUCAAGGAAAACCUCCGCCCGGACGUAAAAUCGAAAGGGACAAAAAAAUUGUGAUUUAUAUUUUAGCGAAUAAUAGUCCCGAGUACAAAAAGCAUAAACGGGUUAUACAUAGUCUCUUUAAGCAGUUUGUCACGAAAUGUCAAAGUCAAGGUUUUGACUUUUUAAUCUCAGAUGUGCAUGAGAACGAUGUUGGGGCUAAGAAAGACUUCGGUAAAUUACUGGAAGUUAAGCGCUGGACGCAAAGCCCACAAGAAGCACAAGGGGGUCACGAAGAGGCUGCAAAUUGCUUAUCGGAAAUAUCUCGUCACAAUUCCACCGCUUACAUUAUACCAGUUCUAUUUCUAGGCUCAUCACUUGGCACACCCAUGUUACCGUUGACCAUUGAAAGUCAAGAUUUCACAUCGGUUUUGAGUGUGGCAAAUGAGGAGGAGAAAGUACUAUUGGAAAAAUGGUAUACAAUAGACAAUUCAUAUCAGCCCAUGUGUCACCGCUUGUAUACACAACAAAUUGAUACAUAUUCCACCGAAGUUAAUGAUGAAUUGAAUCAUUUGUUGGAAGUGCUACUUCGCCUUUUUUCCGAUGAUUUAAAAGACUCAUAUUUAACAACCGUAGUUGAACAAGAAAUAAAUAAUACGGUACUUAUAAGCCAGGAGCACGCCAAGCGUUGCAUUUGGAUACAGACUGGUGCACAAUACACAAAACUACACGAAAAUGCCUCGCAAUUAGAUGCAGAAGUUUUACGACGAAUCACCAAAGUAUACACUGAGUUGAAAAUGCAUCUCUCGGAGAAAAAUCUAAUUCGAAUUUUGCCCACUAUGAAUAUUUUGGAUGAAGAACUGACAGCAGUUAUCGAAAAUUUACUGGAUAAAUCGAUAACUUCAAUUUUUGAGGAGCAUCAAAACAAAAAUAGUAUACCGUAUAACACUAAUGGUGUAGAUAAGGUACUCUUAGAGGAAGUACACCUAAUCGCACAUUACUCCAAAAUAUUAGCUCAAAAUUCAGCCAAUUUUGAUAUUAUGAAUGACGUUAAAAGAUACCUUAAAGACAACACACAAUGGCCCUUAAUAAUUUCAGGUGCCAGUGGCUGUGGGAAAAGUGUGUUAGCUUCUAAAAUUAUGGAAAACGUUCAAAGAUGGAAACCAGACGCCCAUUUGAUAUUGAGGUUUGCAAACUUGACAGUCCGAUCAUCCGAUCUAACAUCCCUAUUGGGCUCCAUAACAGAUCAACUAUCGGUAUUGGUUAACGGCGCGCAAUGUAAUUGUGAACACUCUACAGAAGGCUAUUCAAAUGUACUGAAAGAUCUGUUGGAAAACAAGGAUUUCUUCGUAAUCAUCAUUAUCGAUUCGUUGGAUGAGAUUACACAAGACAACUUAAAUUGGUUGCCAUUACAUCUAAAUAGCACUUCCAAAGUGAUACUUACCAUAACCGAAACAGAAAACAGAGAAGAAUCGCUAAUGUUAACCAAUUUGUGCGAGCUCGGCAUACCCAACAAGUGUUUUAUAAAGAUGAAGCAAUUCACCGAACGACAGUGGAAUGAUAUUCUUAGUUCCGGUGGAAGUGAAUUUUACGCAUCAAAUGGUGCACUCAAAUUACCCGACGAAUGGAAACUUUUGCGUGGCAAGACACCGUUACACGCCAAAUCACUUUGGUGGUUAGCAUGGCUUUCACACAUGUCCAUUAGCAUAACGGAUAUAUCGGAUGUCUUGGAUAAAAUGUUGCAGAUUUUAGAGAGCAAAUUUCAAACGGAACAUGUGGAGUUGAUGCUGCUGAUUGUCGCCGUAUCCAAGUGGGGUAUACGCGAAAGCGAUUGUUUGGGUAUUUUUCAAAAGCAAACACAAUUAGAAGCGCAGGUCGCUUUUAAGAUAUGGUCAAAAUUUUGUUGGUUAAUGGGUCCAAUGCUGUUAUUUUUAAAGAAUAUUCGCAUAGCUGAUAAAACAUUUAAAAAUGCUGUUUUCAAGAGGUAUACACACAAAAGGUGGCUGGUACACAAAACAAUACGUGACUACUUCGAUCGUCAACAGAGCAUACUGCCAAAUGCAACCGGGAAUGGACAUAUAACAAAUUACAAUUAUCAAAAGUACUUAAAACUGCCUUAUCAUCAUUUUUGUGCCAUAGUUGAAGAUAAUGCAACUUGCGAAAAAAUUGAAAUGCUCUUCAACUGUUUCUACUUUACCGAUCUUCAGUGGAUUGCCGAUAAAGUUCACUCUAACGGUCCAGCGUAUUUAAUGCAUGAUAUAAUUGUUUCGGAGAAACUCGCGAAAAUUACCGAACAAUCGUGGAUUCAUAUAACAUUUUUGAAAGAGUUUUUAAAAACCUACAUGCGCGAACUCAACUAUGAUGGUCACCAAUUUUUCACUUUAAUUAAAUAUUAUCUGAAAGUGCGUAUACGUGAUGAUAUGACAUUGAAAGAUGAUGAGAAGAUUCGCUCAUGGUUAGAGUUCACCAAUGAAAUAGAAAUACCAUUUAUGGAAAUAUUGAAUAGUAAUUUGGGUUCGGAUGAGUAUGCCUCCACUAGCAGUUAUGAUGUGUUGGUCAAUUUGCCACAGAAGGGUUACCAUGUGGCAUCAAUAUGUACCGAACGCGAGGAAAUAUGUAUAUGGGACGUGCAGAGUUGUUCGCGUGUACGGCAAUUGUUGGGCAUACCACAGCCAACUUCUAUGUGUCCCGUCGGCAGUUAUGAAGCGGCUGUAUUAUGUCGACGAGAAAUUAAAGUUAUCAAUCUGGAUGAAGGAAAAUAUAAGAUAACUUUGAAAGGUGUUAUGAAUCAGAAAAUGCCCUAUUUUGGUUUACACGAUCAAAACCAUGUGGUCUGCUUAUCGCGUAAUCGCAUGUAUGUACAUCUUAUGAAUUUAGAGUCUGGAGACUGUGUUAUGACCUUUAAGGCUGGAGAAGAUCGAUUCCUUAAUUCGCUUUUGGUUUCAGGCGAUGGACGUAUACUCGUUUGCGGAGAUGAAACACAAAAACCAUUUCCACUUUUGGUUUGGCAUCUGUCACAGAAGAAGCUACUCUAUGAUUUGCGCAUUCCACAUCAUGAUUUCAUCACUUCGCUAUCGGCAAUAACAUAUGAGGGUUCAUAUGUCUGCGUUGUGGCCAAAGAGCUAAAUGAGCCGACUCCAAAUUUUAUUGUCGUUUAUGAUCUACAAAGCGGUACAUUGUUCAAGAAAUGGAAGCCAGCCUGUAAUACAGUCUCAUUGGCGAUAUCACAAUCGAACGCUUGCGUCAUAGCUGGUUUGGAAGAUGCAAAAAUAUUAAUUUGGGAUUUAAUAACGGGCAAUUGUCGGUCCACAUUGGUUGGUCACAAUGCACCGGUGACAUUUUUAAAAUUAGAUCCAUUGGGAAAGGUAUUGCUGUCACGUGAUAAAGAUGGUCGUGAUAACUCCAUACGCGUAUGGGAACUGAAUACAGGUAAAUCACUUGCCGUUUACAAGCCGCCUGGCCAAAUAACAGCGUGUGAGAUACUUCCAAAUGGUGCAUUUGUAGUCGUAGCUUUGAAGAACAGAACUGAACUAUUGACUUUGGCUUUAAAAAACUAUGGAGAAGCUCCAGAUGAUAAUUGUUACUUGUAUGGCAAUCAGGAUAACCAAAACAAAACUUUUAAACUUAAUUAAUUAACAAAAAAUAUUUCAAAUUUAAAAAGUUAAGUAAUAUUACAUUAUUUGAUAAAUUUAAUUAUGUGUCUUUAUAGGUAUUAUUUAAAAUGAAAUGAAAACACAUACAAGAAUUAAGAAACACUUUAGUACGCACUUAAGCUUGUACAAAAUAUUGUUACACACUUAUAAUAAGAGAAACCAAAAACAGAAACAAGACAACCGCAUAAAUAUCUAACCUUUAUGUAUUUUCGAAUUGUAAGAAAAAAAAAAAUUGAGACGUUGGAAGAGUCAACGGUUUGAAUUCAAUUUAAAAAUUACUUUAUUUUAUUGAGAAUGCAUUUGAAUUCUAAUUAGCACCUAAUUCAAUAAGCCACAGACAGACUCUUCAACAACUAGAAUUUAAAUAUUUGCAAGACAAUUUAGACUUUAUUGUGUUUGAAUAUAACUUCAAUUUACCUUAAGCGCAAAAAUAAGAAUUUUGCAUAUUUGCAAACAAAUCAAUUUUCUAUGUGGUUCAUUAUUUAAUUGUUAAUUUAGUGACAUUUGUAUGUAAUGAAUGUAUGUAUGUAUGUGUACGCAAUUGCAAUUCAAUAAAAUGUCACUGCUAGUCACGUAAAACUUAAGCAAAUCGUACCAGAAAUAAAAAAAAAAAAACAGAAAAUGCAUAUGUAUAUAUGCAUAUUUAUGUGCAUAUGUAUGUACAUUGGUUGUGUUCAUAUCUGGCCGGAAGUAAUGAAGUCUAGGAUUUCAUUAUCUAUUUUGAAUUCUUUUUAGGCGUUGGGAAUUAAAAAAGAUAAGUUAUAGUUAUAAAAACCUAGCGGUAAAAAACUCGCAAACUACAGACUCCGGUUUAAUACAGCGUUUCUUUCUUAGUUUAUAAUAUAACUUACAUUAUAAUAGGUAUGUAGGUGUAAUAAUUUCUAUGGUUCUCUAACUCUUAAGUACCAUUGUUAUUUUUAAGUUCUUUACAUAGUUUUUAUUUAAAAAAUCACUAUUAAUAAAUUACUAAGACCAAUAACUGAAUAAAAUCACUCGAAGCUAUUCUCAAAAUAAUAAA